CUAUUUCUCUGUGGCUCUUCCAAUACUUGGUAAUAGUGAAAUAUUGUGGGUUUUGAUUUAUAAAAUGCGUGCUUUCAGAGUCCAUGUUGAUGGAAAGGAAAAUGCCCCUGUACCGGGAUGUUCAAAAGCAAAGAGUUCUAAAAUAUCUGAGGUUCCGAAGGAGACAGCCCUUCGUGAUAAAAAGGGUAAUGUGCUGCCCACUCAGCGUAAUAAAUUUCCUGAUCCACGAUCUUCAAAGACAGAAAAUAUGGGCCAUAAAAUUAUUGAAAUCAAUUACAAAGCUGUGCUCAAACAAGAAAUGAAAAACAUAUUGACAAGAGAGAAGAAAAAUGUUUUCCUUGAUCCUGGGUCUGGAAAAGCAACUGCUGUCAAAUUACAACCUCGAAAAAGUUCUUCUAGUUCUUCAGCGAAUCCUACAGGAUCCUGCAGAUGCGGCCCCGCCAUAAGAAAAGAAGAAGGACGAGUACCAAAUCGACAGUCAUCUGGCAAACUGGAAGCAAAACACGCUGUCAGAGACAAAAACAAAUGUGAAUAUCUGAAUAUCGCGACCAAAGUAGAAAAGAAAUGCGAAGAAGUGAAGAAAGUUGGCAAAGAAAACAUCAGAUCUAGAGGGACAAGCAACGAUUUGAAAGAGGGGAGAAGGAGUGAAGAUGCGAAAAAUAUUAUGAAGGGUACGAAGAAGUGUGUAGAGGCGAAAAACAUAUUGAAAGACCGAAAUAAGCGUGACCAGGAAACAGCUCCAAGGACAACAAGAACACGUUCAUGUUCGUUGGCCAUUGAACCAGUUGAAAUAAUCACCAGAAACUCUACCAAGCCAAGGAUGUCAAUCAAUUUGAACCCAGAGAAACUCUUUCUGGCUAGUUCUACCAUGAAACUGGAAAAUAGGACGGAAUAUCGAAGAAAAUGCUCUCCAAUUCCACCAAACCCAUUCACGUCUUCGAAUACUUUGAUCAGCAGAAAGACAAAGAGUCAAAGAAGUGCAAAACUGGUGAGAAGAGCUCUCAGAAGAAUUAAUAAUAGUGCUGCCUAUGUAGGAGACAUUUAUAAUGAGGAAUAUUUAGAGGUGAACCUCGAAAUUGUGGGUGCGAAAGAAGGAAGGAUCGUGCUGCCUAUGGAUUUCCUGGAAAAAUUCAAUCCUGAUCAGAAAUUUAGAGCAUCAGUGGUAAAUUGGAUGUUGGAAAUACAGGAACAAGUUUCACUCAAUGAUGAAGAACUAUAUUUAUCUGUGAACUUACUAGAUCAAGUUCUAGCCAGAACUACAGUCCCUACAAAUAUGUAUCAGUUAUUGGCAGUGAGUACUAUAUGGAUUGCCAAUAAGCUAAUUGGAUCUGAUAUUCUGACUGCUUCAACUUUGUUGGACUUAUGCGGUGAAGCUUACAUGUUGAGUCAACUUAUCAAAAUGGAACGCAAAGUGUUGAAGCUGAUGAACUUUGAGAUACAUUCCAUCGAACCUUCCCUUUAUAUUAACUAUUAUUUGAAGCUGAUGGAGAUUCAUCAAAUCCAAUUGGCUCACUUUUCCGUUUACUACAUUUUGGACUGCACGGUACUUCUACCAGAAUUUUCUUCAUCCCGUCUAUCAAUACUGGCAGCUGCAGCUCUCAACGUCGCCAUCAAAUUGUUUUGCCCGGAUUUGGAAGAAAAGUCAAACGAAUUUUUCAGCAGGAAUUUGUCCAUUGGAGAAAUCGAGAAAAGGAAAUCACUAGAAGCCAUGAUGUAUUCCCAAGUUUUGAAUAUGAAUAAUGAGAGCUAUGUUUUCAGGCAGCCGUUUUAUAAACGCCGAUUCGUUUCGAAUUGUCCACCAUCUGCAUGCACAGUUUGAUGAUUUUAGAUUUUGGGCGCCGGCGCUUUUUUAAAUUGUUUUUAUUGUCUGACAUGAAAUAAAUAGAUAUACAUGAUU